AUGACCGCUUCCUUUCUUUGGGACUUGAGCCAGCAUGCCCUUCGACUUUGCUUUCCAACCCUCGCAGACAUGAUCCUCGUCGCUAAUGCUACCUCCACCGUGCUUUCGCUGAUGAUCGACAACUCUAAUCGCCCCCCUAUCACCAAGAAGGUACUCAAGGUGAAGAAGAGGAUCGACAUUGCUCGACCCGAUGAUAUCAUGGUCCCAAACAUCAAGGAUACCGGAGCGACCUGUGCCUUCGAGGCAACCGAAGAAGCCCCUACCCAGCCCUCCAUCGAUCCGACUAUCAUCGUUCCAGACACUGGCGCCACUAUCAUCGAGCCCAUCACCGAGAACAUCGACAGUCCCCUCCCUGGCGAUGACACCCGCGAAGAAGCAUCAAACAUCUACAUUGUCGACAGCGCCCCGAUGAUCGCCAAGAACCUGGAUUCCAACAACCCCGAGACCGAAGGUCACAUCUACACUCAUGUCCUUCCCACCAUGGAUAUUUUCGAGGUCAACCUUUCCGCCGUUGAUGACCUUGACGACUCGGCUGCUUCCGCUUCCAGCAGCCACUACAACGAUUUCGAGCGUUUUCUUGACGAGGAUCGAAUGAUGUGGAUUCCGCGCCCGGCAGAGCGCGUGUUUAGGAAGAAGGCAGUCGUUCAGAAAGUCGAGAGAUACCGUCAAGAUGCAGAUGCAGCCCGCCCCACCCAUGUGGGAGAAGGUGCAGAUGGCAAGCACGUUUCGACCAUUGCGCAGUCGGACGACAGCACGAAUCAGCAUGCCAGAGAGGUCUCUACCGACGCAGCCUCACAGACAUCCAGCACCUCGAUUGCUGACACUCGGUCCGAUACAUCGGAAACGGCCUGCACGUCGCCCGACAACAUCGCCGCCGAAUCGAACCAGAAGUCAGCUUCUCCAGCAAUCCCGGAAAUCAAUCUAUCACCUCCCACCGACAUCUCCGACGAGGACGCGAACCACAUCCGUUCUUCUCUCGCAGCUGAUGAGCCCAACUCCCACAUUCCAAUCAGGGCCUCCCUCCCCACCUUCAACUAUGUCUACGACUACGCAUACCAAAAUCUGACCCAGGAGGAUCUGAAGAAUCUCGACUUCGUCACAAUCCUUACUGACCCGAUCAGCGGAAACCAGUAUGGCAUGCUCACAUGCGGCUACUGGUACUGGGUUGAAGAUGACGACAAUGUCCGGCAGAUGGUGGAAGACGAGUACGAGAACUUCUUGGAUUGGAUCGACGCGAUCCUUGAGGGCUUUGAAGAAAACGAGGAUCGUGUCGAAGAAGUAGGCGAAGAAGAAGAGGAGGAUUGGGCAGAACUUCUUCGCUGGAAGCGAAAAUACGAGCUAGGCAGAGGUUGGGAAGUCGUCCGGUCAUUCUGCCACCCGCAGUUUGCCGACAGGAAGUACGCUUUGGGAAAUGAUCAAGAAUGGUACUUUGAGUACAAGGGAAAGUUUCGCCGGUUGAUGGAGGACGAAUUGGAUUUACUCAACGGCCGGUUGGAGGAUGGUAGCUCGAUUCCGGUUAAUGCUACUGAGGACGGUCCGGUCAUGAACCUCUGGGGACUGAGUAAAAUCACUGAGGAGGCGGAGGAGGAAUCUUGAUUACUUGGAGUGUCACGAUCUGCGGAAGGAUCAUGGAGUGAAUUGGGUCACAAAUCUACUGGUGAGAGGGUUGAGGAACAAGAAGCUGGAUGAGUUAGGCUGGAUGAUCAUGGCGAUGC